AUGGAACAGUUGCGUUUAAAAUACCAACAAAGGCCAUGGACUGAAACUCUGAGACUUGUUUAUUUUUGCAUGGAUAACCCACUUCGAAAGCCUGCCAGUAAUGCUCCAGAUGGUCUAUUGGUUUCUUGCAUGGAGAAGAUAGAAAGGACAUUAAAUGCUAAAUCCAUGUUUUCUGUGAUGAACAAGUUGGAACUUUUAUCCAGACAAAAAGGACUUACUGUUCAUGUUAGCCCCAGUGGGACUGCCUGCUACAUAACAUCAAUGAUGUUUUAUGUAGAGAUUCAGCUGGAGAAGGAUGGAGAUGUGAUGGAUGUAAAGCUGGCUCACUUUGAAGAAGCUCCUGUGGUUUGUGAUGACUUGGUCCAGCUUCUAAGGAUGAAGAACUAUGAUGCCUUUGGCGAGAUUCUAGAAGACCUGUCAAAUAUGUAUCAAAUUCCAGGAAACAGUGAAAUGAAAGCUAAGGGAUAUCUUGCUUUGCAGGCCCUUGAAAAAGACCUUUAUUCAAUGUCUCUUCUAGACAGAACACAGGAUCUAAACAGAGUUACUGAAGUACUUAAUGGAAAAGUAGGACACCUGGUGCCAAGAACUGGAGGAACCCCAAUGAACAUUGAAUUUUACAUUUCUCCCUAUCAAGUUUUGGAAGCAGAAUUAAAUCAUGGUUCCCAGGUAUAUGGAACAAAAACAGUUGUAACUGUUGAAGGCACAGAUACACUCCACAAACUGCCUCUUUCUCCAUUAAUUGCAGAUCCUCAAGAUGGAGAGAACAGCAGCCCUGUAUUUUUGCAACUGACUGAUGAACUCAGCAUGGAUUUGCGAGCUUUUUUUGUUCUGAAAUUUCAUCAGCCUGUUCCAAUGUCUUCAUCCAGUAUUGAAGAGAUUCAGAGGCUCACAGGAAUUCAGAUUUCUGGCUUGAAACAAGCUCCACUGUAUAAGCUAAUUGUUCAGUCUACUCUUAAAGAAAAAUGCAGUGAAGACUUGUCUACAAAUAAAUCCUGUUUCUUUGUGUCUCUUCCAGAUUGCCCAAAGCACUGUUACUUCAUAAACAAGGGCUCAGAAAAAUCAGAUUUAGCAGGAGCCUUGGUCAGUAAAGUUCCAUUCAGCCAUCCAAAAUGUGUGCCUGGCAUAAUAGAGAUUCUUCGGCAUCAAAUGGCGUAUAAUACUCUUAUUAGCAGCUGUGUCUCUGAGAAGCAUACAAAUGAAGAUGAUUCAGAACUGCUUUACUUUGAAGUGGUACCACACAAGAUCACCAGCUUUUCUGUCUUUUUCCUUCAUCCUGUGAAAGAGAAUUUAGCCUGUGAGAAAUCCAAUGUCACCUCCAUUUAA